AGGAUGAUUGGUCUCAAGAAAACAAUCAGAUUGGCCAAGACCGCCAGGUCGACACUGUCCUGUGGGAUGCUGUCUCUGGCCUCAAGGAACCAUGGCCGUGCUCACCUGGUCCACGUGGACGCAGCGCGUUUCUUGGCGUCUGUCGCCAAGGGAGGGUUGAAAGUAGACGAGCAGCUGGUGGACUUUGUCAAGGAGAUCUGUCCCGGUACAGGAAUUGAGUCCGAAUCCUUCUGGUCCUCCUUCGGGAAGAUGGUGAGGGAAAACCACAGCAGGAACAAGGAGCUGUUAGAUAAGCGCAGUGCAAUCCAAAGCAAGAUCGACGAAUUUCAUGAAGGCCGUUCGCCGAUAGAGUUCGAAAGGUACAAGAAGUUCCUGGUUGACAUCGGAUACUUGGUUCCCGAGAAAGAGCCCUUCUCCAUAUCAACAGACUGCGUCGAUCCUGAGAUUGCUCUUGUCGCCGGCCCUCAGCUUGUCUGUCCUGUCGACAACCCUCGAUUCAUCCUCAACGCUGCGAACGCUCGCUGGGGAUCGCUUCUUGACGCCUUCUACGGCACCGAUGUCAUCCCUGAGGACGGUGGCGCUCACAGGGGGAGGGAGUACAACCCGACGAGAGGGAAGAAGGUGUUUGAAGAAGUUUUCCGCUGGAUGGACGAUAUUUUCCCGCUCGCAGUCGCUAAAUACUCCCAGGUGGAGAAAUUUUCCAUCUCAGAGGGCAAGUUGACAGUAACGUACGAUAACGGGAAGCAGGACACUCUGAGAAAUGGGAAGCAGUUUGCGGGUUUCCUUAAGGACGGGGACGAGCUGAGAAGCGUGCUGCUGCGCAACAACGGGCUGCACUUUGAGAUCGUCAUCGACCACAAGAGCAGCAUCGGCAAGUCCAACAUCGCCGGCAUCAAGGACGUCGUCGUGGAGUCAGCCCUGACCGCCAUCGCGGACUGCGAGGACUCGGUGGCGGCCGUGGACGCGGAGGACAAGGUGCAGGUGUACCGGACAUGGGCGGGGCUGAUGAAGCGAAGCUUGAGUGUUGAGAUGCAGAAGGGCUCGAGAAUGAUCACCCGGCGAAUGAACACCGACAGGGUCUGGUCGACUCCAGCUGGAAAGGAGCUGCGGCUGCCGGGGACUACUGUACUCCUCGUGCGAAACGUCGGGAUGCACCUGUACACGGAUGCUGUGACGCUCGAGGACGGGAGUGAGAUUCCUGAGCACAUGCUCGACCUGGCCGUCACCAGCCUGGCUGCCUUGCAUGACCUCCGAAGCAGCGGAGAGACGAAGAACUCGCGGACGGGGAGUGUGUACAUCGUGCGGCCCAAGAUGCACGGGCCGGAGGAGGUGGAGUUUGUGAACAAGCUCUUCAACACAACGGAGGACUUCCUGGGUCUGAGGAGGAACACGCUGAAGAUGGGGAUGAUGGAUGAGGAGAGGAGAAUGACCGUCAACCUCUACGAGGCGAUCAGAGCAGCAAAGGAGAGGAUUGUCUUCAUCAAUACCGGGUUUCUUGACCGUACAGGGGACGAGAUUCAUACGAGCUUUCGCGCUGGUCCCUUCUACCCCAAGGCAGAGCUGAAGCAGCAGCCCUGGCUCAAGGCCUACGAGGACUGGAACGUAGACUGCGGCAUGCUGGCGAAACUUCCAGGGAAAGCUCAGAUCGGGAAGGGGAUGUGGGCUGCUCCGGACAACAUGCGGCAGAUGCUCAAGGAGAAGAUCGGGCAUCCGAUGGCAGGAGCCAACUGUGCCUGGGUGCCCAACCCUACGGCUGCCUCCCUCCACGCCCUGCACUACCACAAGUGCUCCGUGCAGCAAGUGCAGAACGAGAACAUAGCUGGUCGCCCUCGCGCUAACCUUGAUCACAUCCUGCAGGUGCCGCUGCUGAAGCGGAAGCUCAACGCGGACGAAGUGAAGAAGGAGCUGAACAACAACUGCCAGAGCAUCCUCGGCUACGUCGUGCGGUGGGUGGGCCAGGGCGUCGGGUGCUCCAAGGUCCCCGACAUCAACGACACACAGCUCAUGGAGGACCGAGCGACGUUGAGAAUCUCAGCCCAGCUGAUCGCCAACUGGCUGUAUCACAACAUUGUCUCCAAGGACCAAGUGCUCUCAGCUCUCAAGGAGAUGGCGGCGGUGGUUGAUCGUCAGAACCAGCAUGACGCUGCCUACACGCCCAUGGUCGGCAACUUCGAAGGACUAGAGUUCCAGGCAGCCGUCAAGCUCAUUCUUGACGGGAAGGAUAUCGCCAACGGCUACACAGAAGGCACCCUUGUGCAGUUCAGAAGGGACUACAAGAGGGGGCAGAGAGGUAGUCGCAAGUGAAGGGAGUUUCACCCGGUGAUGAUGUGUUAGUAAGUAAAGAACUUGACCUUGU